CCAUAUUCUCGCUCACGCUAGGCGACGGAGAGUGUGAUAGCGCCCCGGCAGGGCUCGGACCGCGAGCUGUCUUCGGCGCUACAUAAACUGGUUGGACGAAUGGCGCUGCUCUUCGACGCCUUCCCUGCCAUCACCCGGUAGUUGUACUCGUCAAAGUAUCGCCGAACGCCGGUACGAGCGCCGCAAGCAUGGGCAAAGGAUACAAUACGGCCAUCGCGGCCAACCCCUACAUCGUGGGCGGUUUCGCCUGCAUCGGCGGCGGCCUGUUCGGUUUGGACAUCUCGUCCAUGUCCGGCGUUAUCGACGCGCCGGCAUAUGACAAGGUGUUCAGUAAGCCGCGCGGCAAUGCCCAAGGCGCCAUAACGGCGUCCAUGCCAGCGGGCUCGUUCAUCGGCGCCCUCAUCGUCACUUCACUCGCGGACAAGAUCGGCCGCAAGAAGGUCGUCAUCCUUUCCGGAUAUCUCUGGGUCAUCGGCUCCAUCCUCCAAUGCGCGGCGCAGAACCGUGGCAUGUUGGUCGUCGGUCGUAUCAUUUCAGGUCUUUGCGUUGGUCUUGCCUCUGCCGUGGUGCCGAUCUACCAGUCCGAGAUCACCGCACCCCACAUCCGUGGACGUAUGGUUUCCCUGCAACAAUGGUCGAUCACUUGGGGUAUCCUCCUGCAGUACUUCGUUCAGUUCGGAUGCUCGUAUAUCGAUGGUGCUGCGUCCUUCCGUAUCCCAUGGGGUCUUCAGAUGAUCCCCGCGAUCCUCCUCUCUUUCGGCAUGAUGUUCUUCCCCGAGUCGCCUCGCUGGCUCAUCGACCACGGCCGCGAGCCCGAGGCGCUCGAGAUCCUCGCGGACCUGCACGCCGGCGGGAACGCGAACGAUGAACUCGUGCAGCUCGAGUACGAGGAGAUCAAGUCCCAGGUGUACUUCGAGCGCACCCAGGGCGCCAAGUCGUGGACGGACCUGCUCAAGCCCGGUAUCUUCCGCCGCGUCGGCCUCGGCUGCUCCCUCCAGAUGUGGAGUCAGCUGUCCGGGAUGAACAUCAUGAUGUACUACAUCGUCUACGUCUUCCAGGGCGCGGGCUUGACCGGUCGUCGCGGGAACCUCAUCGCGUCUUCGGUGCAAUACGUGCUCAACGUCGCGCUCACCGUUCCCGCGAUCAUCUACAUCGACAGGUGGGGUCGUCGCCCCAUGCUCCUCAUCGGCACCUGCUUGAUGGGCUUCUGGCUCAUGCUCGUCGGCGGUCUUCAAGGACGCUUCGGCCACUGGGGCACCGUCGACAACAGCCCGGUGUGGGUCAUCGACGGCCACAAAUCCGUCACGCGCGCCGUGAUCGUCUGCUCGUACCUCUUCGUCUGCUCCUUUGCGAUCACGAUGGGCCCCGUCUCGUGGACGUACCCGGCCGAGAUCUUCCCGAUGCGCGUGCGCUCCAAAGCCGUCUCGCUCGCGACGGCGACCAACUGGGCGUUCAACUUCGCGCUCGCCUGGGCCGUCCCGCCCGGGCUGCAGAACAUCGCGUACAAGACCUACUUUAUCUUCGGCACGUUCAACUUUGCGGCGAUGAUCCACAUCUUCUUCUGCUUCCCCGAGACGGCCGGCCGCACGCUCGAGGAGGUCGAGGAGAUCUUCGACCAGGGACACGUGUUCACCGCCUGGGCGAUCAAGCGCGACGUGGGGAAGAAGACGCUCGAACAAGUCAAGAACGAAGUGCGGGUGCACGACUACGAGGGCAAAGACGAAAAGGAGCCCGUCACUCCUCAAUGAACAGCUUUCCAACUGUUUCGAGACGUUUCAUUCAUGAUUACAGCUGCCGUGCUCUCAAAGCUCGGUAUUGUACGAGUAUAUGUAUCGCUAUCACGACCCCCUCAAUGGAAACGGAACGCAUUCUGGUAUC